UUAAAACUAUAUUUAUUCGGUGGAGAGUUAAGGCAGUCACGUUCAUGCAUUAGUCACAGUGGAUGUUGGACUGUGUGCUCGCCUUGUGGUAUUCUGAAGAAGAUGUUGCCACCCCUUCUACCCCACCUACUAUGUGAUUCAGUGUGUCCCACCUCCAGGUUCUGAUCUACAGCUGCCUGGACCCCAGCCGGCGACCCACGGAGGCGGAUCCACGACUAAUUUGGUCAUUUCGAAGCACAGGGGGGAAGAUACCCAGAGGCUGCUAAGGAGGAGCCUUUUUGCAUCCCAGUUCUCAGCCUCUGCCCAUUCUGUGUGGCUCCUGAUCUAGGCUUGGAGAAGUCUGCGCUGUCUCCCUCUCUGCCUCUCUCAAGGAUCCUGUCUGCUAGGACACGGAUAACACAUCAGAAGGACAAGCGGAAAAAAAAACCCCAACAAAAAACAUAAAAAAGGAAAAACACACACCAACCAAAAAAAAAAAAACACGGAAGGAAGGAACGAACCGAGGAGUGUGUCCACCAGCUCCGGGAUCCAAGAUUUUAAAACGAAGUUAGUCUCUCUGCAAGGUGUAUGGUACUUUUCACAUUUCUCGACAACAGCACUGAAUUGUUCAAGGUAAAUUAUGACCACUCUGCUUUUAGUGUUUGUCUGUUUGCGGGUGAUCGCAGCAGCUAUAUCUGUUGAAGUUUCCGAUAAUGCCAAGGCACUGAGUGUGAAGAUUGCUUCGCAGUCCCCACUGAAUGCUGUGCUCGCCAGCUCCGUGACCUUCCCCUGCUACUUCCUCACCUCCGCGCCGCUCUCCGCCGACUCUCCACUGGCAUCUCUGCUGGAGCCAAGGAUCAAAUGGACCAAGAUCGCCAAAGGCGGGAAGGAGACGGUCAUCGUCGUGGCGACGUCUGGCAAAGUCAAGAUCAACCAAGAGUACAAAGGGCGAGUCAAGCUCCCGAGUUACCUUGAUAUCCCCAACGAUGCCACCUUGGAACUGGAUAAAGUGCUGUCCAGCGACUCAGGAAUGUACCGCUGUGAGGUGAUGCACGGGAUUGAGGACAGCCAGGAUGUCGUGGAGCUGGUUGUCAAAGGCAUCAUUUUCCAUUACCGUGCUAUCUCCAGCAGGUACACCCUCAACUUCUACAAAGCCCAGCAGGCUUGUGUUGACAACACUGCCACCAUCGCCACCCCAGAACAACUGCAAGCAGCUUAUGACGAUGGAUAUGAUCAAUGUGAUGCAGGCUGGAUGGCUGACCAAACUGUAAGGUAUCCAAUUCAUGAACCGCGCGAGGGGUGCUACGGUAACUUGGACGAGUACCCAGGAGUCAGAUCCUACGGCAUCAGAGACACCAAUGAAACCUAUGACGUUUAUUGCUUUGCUAAAGACUUACAAGGCAAAGUCUUCUACAUAACCACCACUGAAAGAUAUGCUUUCAAGGAGGCAAUGGAAGCGUGCUUUGAUAAAGGUGCCCAGUUAGCCACCACGGGGCAGCUAUACUUGGCAUGGAAGGGUGGCAUGGAUCAGUGCAAUACUGGCUGGCUCGCGGACGGCAGUGUUAGAUACCCAAUAUCAAACCGAAGACCCAACUGCGGUGGCAACCUUUUAGGAGUCAGGACUGUCUACCGAUUCUCCAACCAAACUGGCUACCCUGAUCCCAGCGAUCGUCAUGAUGCCUACUGCUUCAGUGGCAAGUUUGGUAUUGAAACAUUCACGGAUACUCCACUCGUCUACCCAGCUACAGAGCCGGAGGGGGCAUUUACUGAUGAAGGAAGUGCCUUUACCAUCCAAACCAUACCUGAUAAGGUGGAGGUGUUCUUCACGAAGACUACUGAACAGAGAGAAGUAAGGGGAGAUGUUUUCACACUUAGCCCUUUCACUCCAAUAUCUCUGCCAUUUGCCGAGGUGACCAUAUCUCCAGCCCCUGAAGAAGCCGUUACUGAGGGAAUGGUCCUACUCAACGUUUCAGGCCUACCAGAAGAACUAGUCAACGCCACCAAAGAGAUUUCCAGCCCAGAGGUGUCCGUGAGUGUGGUCGCCGUCUCUGUGGCCAUCGAAGACCUGACAGCCACAGCGGGACUGGGCGCCACGGAGGUUCCACCUCACACCCCCGCCACCAUCGAAGAGCUUGUUCCCAAGGCAACGGCGGCUCCCGAUGUCCUGGCAACGCGGCCUGAGGGGCUGACAGCAGCUCCACCUGCCGUGGAAACCCCAAUUACGGAUGAAUUGGACCAGAGCGUGACUCUGUGUCCCAUCCGCCCAAUGGCUCCAACUGGGGUUGUUUUCCAUUACCGUGCUAUUUCGAACAGGUACUCCCUCAACUUCACCGAGGCGCAGAUUGCCUGUCUGGAAAACAGUGCCUAUAUUGCCUCUCCCGAGCAACUCCAGGCAGCCUACAAGCGAGGAUACAACCAGUGUGACGCAGGGUGGCUCUCAGAUCAGACCGUCAGGUACCCCAUGGUGGACCCCCGGGAGCGUUGCUUUGGAGACAAAGAUGGCUUUCCCGGUGUAAGGAGCUACGGAGUUCGCAACCCUGAAGAAACUUAUGAUGUCUACUGUUACAUUGAGGCGCUAAACGGGAAGGUAUUCCACGCGACGGUGGCUGAUGGGUUCACAUACGAUGAAGCGGUUGACUACUGCGUCAGCCACAACGCUAAGAUGGCCACCACGGGGCAGCUGUACGCGGCGUGGAAGCAGGGCAUGGACAGGUGCCGCGCGGGCUGGAUCUCGGAUGGCAGCGUGAGGUACCCCAUCCAAACCCCCAGGCCCUACUGCGGCAAUGGGCAGGCCGGAGUCCGAACCAUCUACCUGAACGUGGAUCAGACUGGCUACCCCGACCCCCAUUCACGCUACGACGUUUACUGCUUCAGAGAGACCGUUGUCCCUGUGGUGACGGAGGAGCCAGCGGUGGUGAAGCUGACGGUGCCUGUGAUCCUGGUGGAGCAAGUCACGUGGACUCCCGAGGUUGCCAGGACCGUGCAGCCUGAGGAGGCGGAACAAGGCAGAACUGAUCUCUUCAUCAAGGAGACCGCUGAGCCGCCCACCGCCACCAUGGGUUUGAUCGAAGAGACCAUAGCAACCCAGGUGGCACCGCAUGUGGCGGUCUUGCCCCCUGAAUCAUCGACAGCACCCCAGGCUUCUGAGCCCACCACAGGAGCCAUCCCAGAUCUGUACAUCACAACCGAAGAGGCUGGAACCGUCUUUCCAUCGGCAACUCCCACAGCAGAACCCGGAUCUGCUGAUGUAACGCCUCUGCCAGAAGCUGAAGUGAGCGGGGAACCGUCUGGAAUACCUGAUAUUAGUGGACUGCCUUCUGGAAUACCGGGUAUUAGUGGAGAACCUUCUGGAAUACCCGACAUAAGUGGAGAACCUUCUGGAAUACCAGAUGUUAGUGGAAAACCUUCUGGAAUACCCGACAUAAGUGGGGAACCUUCUGGAAUACCCGACAUAAGUGGGGAACCUUCUGGAAUUCCAGAUGUUAGUGGAGAACCUUCUGGAAUACCUGACAUAAGUGGAGAACCUUCUGGAAUUCCAGAUGUAAGUGGAGAACCGUCUGGAAUACCUGACAUAAGUGGAGAACCUUCUGGAAUUCCAGAUGUUAGCGGAGAACCAUCUGGAAUUCCAGAUGUUAGUGGGGAACCUUCUGGAAUUCCAGAUGUUAGUGGAGAACCUUCUGGAAUACCUGACAUAAGUGGAGAACCUUCUGGAAUUCCAGAUGUUAGUGGAGAACCUUCUGGAAUAUCCGACAUAAGCGGAGAACCUUCUGGAAUUCCAGAUGUUAGUGGAGAACCUUCUGGAAUACCUGACAUAAGUGGAGAACCUUCUGGAAUUCCAGAUGUUAGUGGAGAACCUUCUGGAAUACCUGACAUAAGUGGAGAACCUUCUGGAAUUCCAGAUGUUAGUGGAGAACCUUCUGGAAUACCUGACAUAAGUGGGGAACCUGGAAUUCCAGAUGUAAGUGGAGAAUCUUCUGGAAUAUUGGAUAUAAGUGGAGAACCUUCCGGAAUACCUGAUCUAAGUGGAGAACCUUCUGGAAUACCCUACAUAAGUGGAGAACCUUCUGGAAUUCCAGAUGUAAGUGGAGAACCUUCGGGAAUACCCGAUGUUAGUGGAGAACCUUCUGGAAUACCUGACAUUAGUGGGGAACCUUCUGGAAUUCCAGAUAUUAGUGGGGAACCUUCUGGAAUACCUGAUAUAAGUGGAGAAUCUUCUGGAAUAUUGGAUAUAAGUGGAGAAUCUUCUGGAAUACCUGAUCUAAGUGGAGAACCUUCUGGAAUCCCUGACAUUAGUGGGGAACCUGGAAUUCCAGAUGUUAGUGGAGAACCUUCUGGAAUACCUGAUAUAAGUGGAGAAUCUUCUGGAAUAUUGGAUACAAGCGGAGAACCUUCUGUAAUACCUGACAUUAGUGGGGAACCUUCCGGAAUACCUGAUCUAAGUGGGGAACCUUCUGGAAUACCUGACAUUAGUGGGGAACCUUCUGGAAUUCCAGAUGUCAGUGGAGAAUCUUCCGGAAUAUUGGAUAUAAGUGGGGAACCCUCUGGAAUACCUGAUAUCAGUGGGGAAUUUUCCGGAAUGCCUGAUUUUAGUGGAGAACCUUCUGGAAUGCCCGAUCAAAGUGGAGAAUCUUCUGGAAUAUUGGAUAUAAGUGGAGAACCUUCUGGAAUACCUGAUCUAGGUGGCGAACCUUCUGGAAUAUCUGAUCUAAGUGGAGAACCAUCUGGAAUAUCUGAUCUCAGUGGAGAACCUUCUGGAAUAUCUGAUCUGAGUGGAGAACCUUCUGGAAUAUCUGAUCUAAGUGGAGAACCUUCUGGAAUACCUGACAUUAGUGGGGAACCUUCUGGAAUACCUGACAUUAGUGGGGAACCUUCUGGAAUGCCGGAGAGCAGUGGGGAGAAGUUGGAAGCUGUGGAUGUAAGUGGUGAAGCUUCAGGGAUUCAGGUGGUCCUCAUUACAACAGAGGACCAACAGUACCCAACGGUGGCCACUGAGUUUGUGGAGUUGGGGAAGGGACUGAUUGAAGAACAUAUUCCUGACACCAGUGGGGAGCCUUCUGGGAUCCCUGAAAUAUCCGCAGAAGCAUCCGGCAUUCCCGACAUAAGUGGGGAGCUAUCUGGGGUUCCUGAGAUAAGUGGGAUUACAUCCGGUAUUCCCGACCUAAGCGGGGAGCCCUCUGGGCUGCCUGAGAUUAGUGGGAGUCCAUCCGGCAUUCCCGAUAUCAGCGGAGAGUCAUCGGGGCUUGAUGUGAUGAGUGGGAUCCCAUCCGGCGUUCCCGACAUAAGUGGGGAGUCAUCCGGGGUUCCUGAGAUACAUGAGAUCCCAUCCGGUAUUCCAGAUAUUAGUGGCGAGCCAUCCGGUAUUCCUGAAGUCAGCGGUGUGGCGUCUGGCGCUCCGGACAUAAGUGGGGAACCGUCUGGGACUCCGGUUGUGAGCGGAGAGCUGGACGUCACUGGAAAACCAGACGAGGUUAGCGGCGAACCUUCCGGAUUUUCCCAGACAAUCAUUACUUCGAGAAUCAUAGACAUUAGCAAAGAUCCUGAAGUGGAUGAAGAGCCUUCAGGAGCUCCUGAGGUUCCUGCUGAACCCUCCGUUAUGCCCGUCCCCAUAGCACCUGGUGUUACGGACUCUUCCAUUGCAAGACAGACAGUUGUGGAAACAACCCAUGUAGAAGUCAAACUGCCCGAGGAAGGUCAGCGUGAAAUUGAGGAGGUUUCUUCAGUAUCAAUAGACAGCUCAACGGCUGAAGAACAUCCAGAGACUGUGGAGGUCCUAGCAGUUACACCUCCCGCACCUGUCCUCCUCUCAACAAUUCCGCCUCAAAUCUCACCGGAUACUGUGGCAAUUGUCGAUGAGCCCACAACAGCAGAAGUUGUCCCUGACCCAUGCCAAGACAGCCCCUGUGGCCAAGGAACGUGCGUGGUGAGAGACGGCAGGUCCAUGUGUGAUUGCCCAGUUGGAUGGAUAGGCACGCAUUGUGAAAUAGAGAUUGAUGAGUGCCAUUCGAGCCCUUGUCUGAAUGGAGCUACCUGUAUGGAUGGCAUCGACUCUUUCAAAUGCUUGUGCCUGCCCAGCUACGGAGGAAACCUCUGUGAAAUUGAUGUGGAGAAGUGUGACGUUGGUUGGGCUAAGUUUCAGGGUCACUGCUACAAGCACUUUGCUGACAGACAGACUUGGGAGGAAGCGGAGCAUCAGUGCAGGAAGCACGAAGCUCACCUGGCCAGCCUUAUCACUCCGGAGGAACAGGCCUUUGUCAACAGUUAUGCCCAGGAUUAUCAAUGGGUUGGAUUGAAUGACAAGACAAUCGAGGGGGAUUUCCGUUGGACCGAUGCCAGCCCAUUGUUGUACGAGAACUGGCGGCCCAGUCAACCUGAUAGUUUCUUCAGCACUGGCGAAGAUUGUGUGGUGAUGAUAUGGCAUGAGGGCGGCCAGUGGAAUGAUGUCCCCUGCAACUACCACUUGCCUUACACGUGCAAGAAGGGAACAGUCGCAUGCGGUCAACCUCCAGAGGUGAAACACGCCAAGAGCUUUGGAAAGAAGAAAGAGCGUUUUGAAAUUAAUUCCUUGAUACGAUAUCAGUGUAAAAACGGAUUCCUACAGCGUCAUUUCCCCAACAUCAAAUGUCAGCCAAAUGGCCAGUGGGAGCAGCCAAGGAUCGUCUGCAUAGACACCACCACGUAUUACCGUAAACCUCAGAAGAGAGUUGACACAAGCAGGUCACACACUCAAAAUGAAUCAAGUGCUUCACAGAGCUCUGCCCCUUAAGUGUAUAAAAAGUUAUAAUUCUGUUUCAGAACAUUUAUAUUAAGAAAAAAAUAAUAAUUUUGUCAGAUAAGAGAUUUGUUUUCCCAGCCUAUAUAUAAAACACCAAAGCAUCCCUAGAUCCAAUGCCUUUUUUUCUCGAUUUCAAGUCAAGCAUUAUCAUUUGGGUUGAAUUCUUCAAUCUGCCGUUCGUGCCUUUGGGAUGAGAUGCCGAAGAUUUUAUAUUCAACCCGCCACACAUCGUAAGAAGUACCGUACCAAGCUAACAGCUGGGCGGUGCCAGCUGAGAUACACCAACAUAGUGUCAAACAAUGUUGGAAUGUAAAGUGCAAACUGAAUUGUUCCAAAAAAAAAUGCAACACAUUCACUGUUUUUAAUUGUUUUCAAAAUGAGAAAAAAAUAUAUAGUUUCUAUGCUGUGAACGCAAAUGCAAGUGAAUGUCUGGUGCAAUUCAACCAAGACCAUGCAGUGCAUGGCAAAAUGGUCUGUUAUUUGUUGAGGUGCAUGUUAGAAAUCAAAGUGCCAACCCCCGUGUCAAUUGUAGCAGUCACUUCCAGCCUUCGUAAGUGCUGUUACACAAAAUAAAUCUUGCAUUUUCAUGACCUCCGAACUGGAAAACGAGCAAAAAAUAAGAUGGAUUUGGUUUAACUGUGAGGGGGAAAAAGAAAUUAUUUGACAAAAUGUGUCCUUGAACAUGUAAAAUAAAAUAUAAACCGUUAUAUUUUAUCCUGAGUACAGAAGACAAUAACAGCUUUUUAAACUAAUAAUAAUUCAAUGGAGUGUGUGAGUGUGUGUGUGUGAGUGUGUGCGCUUAUUUUAAUGAAACUGUGAAUGUUUGAGAGAUUACAGCAUGUGUCUGCACUCAGCUGGAAAUAAGUACAGAAAAAGCUUUGCUUUUAUUAAAUUUUAGUUCAAUGUAAAGAGGGGCUGGUGACUGUAAGCCGGUUUUGAAACUUGUGGAAACAAAUUGAAUCAUUGACAUUCCUCCCAAUUUGAGCCCAACAUUCAGAGAAUUUCUUUUGUUUUAAAGGGAAAUAUCCUCUAGUAGCAACGGCAAACCUGGUUCCCUUUUAAAAAAAAAAAAUUAAAUUGAUCUUUUAUGAUGCAGAAAAUUAAUAGUUUAUAAUUUUCCAAUGUUAUUACUGCCCAUUUUAAUUUUGAUGAGAGAGAAUUGCAGCGUCCUUCUAAUCCUUGGAUCUGACUUGAACCCAGAUCUGGGGAUGUAUCUUAACUCUCUGCUCACAAUCCUCGAACGGAAAGAGUUAAAGGGGGUCCAUCAAUAGCCAAACUGCCCCUGAGAUACACUGCUGUAGGAAACAGAAGUAUCACGCUCGUAUUGACAGGGGCACCAAGCUCAGAUGAUGUUGGGAUGGUUUCAAACUAAAGCAACAGGCCAUGCCAUGCUAUGCCCACCAAGCAAGUGCAUGGCACUGCCAAUGUACCUCCAACUGGUGAGUUAUAGCACAGAUGUGUCCCCCCCCCCACCUUCCCCUCGCCGUAAGGAAUAUAUGAAGCCACAAAACCAAAUAAUUUUGUACAGGUGGUACAGAGUGAAGGCAAUCCUUCAGUCCGAUACUCAUCCACCCUAAACACAAUUUCUUCACAAUUUUCAGAUUUCAGUUUACCGCAAUGCAAAGGAUUAUCUAGAUGCCUCCGUUAUGUUAUACCUGCAGCUUCAGUGCCGGGUGGUUUGAUUCCAUACCAAAUUUGAGUCGGGAGAUGUGGCCUCCAGCAGGCGAUAGAGAGUCGCCCUGCCUAGUUGUAGAUUGAUGCUGCAUCUUGGUUCGUUGCCUCUGCGACUCCUUGUUUAUACCGAUGUGGAAUCCAAACCCUCUGCGCUGACUCUGUGAGUCAAUAGUGAAAGGAAGAUCCCUUUUCAUAAGUUAGCCUGACCCUCCGUAUUCCAGGAGCCCCUGAAAUGCUAUGUAUGGUUGCUGGAUCAACUUGCCACAGUGCACCCCCCCCCCCCCCCCCCCCCCCCCCCCCCUCCCCCACCUACUGACGCUCUCAAAUCCAGAUUUAAAUUGGCUGGCAAGCAAAGAGAGGCGCAAGCAGGGUACCAUGAGACAGUGGCAGUUCCUCAGUCAACAGGCUUGGGGUAGGAAUGCAAGGAGAAAGGAAUUUGUAAGGCGAUGAUCAUUUAUUGCCCUGUGGGUUUGUUCUCUGGAUUUCAUUGCAAACUAAAUCAUCUCAACUCUGCAAAUCAUUGGCGUUUCCAACCAUUUCACAUCUUUGCUUCCUUUCUUCUGAGACAGAAAUGCCUCCUUGUGAAGCCUACCAUCAGUUCAAACACUGGAAAAUAACCCCUAAUGCAAACAGCUCAGAGACGUUACAGAGGUUGAUCUCGCUAAGUUUGGUUGCCAAGGCUACCAGAGCCUCACCAGCAAACGUUAGCUUGCAACGUGUCUGACCCGUUUCUUCUGCUGUUUACCAGGUGCAAUACACCUGGAGAACACCUAAUGUCACAAAGGAGUUCCUACAGGUAGCUGUUUUAUCAUCAGGACAACCUAUUAAAGGAGAAAUCCGUGCAAAUCGUUUUUUUCUGGAUAAUUCAUCUCUGAAAUAAAAGUUGCUCAAGUUCCCCAGCACCAUUACGCACACACCGAUCUUAAAACCAAAAUCCUGGGUUUCAUAGUAGCUUUUUUCUUAAUAGUAAGACUGUAUCAUAGCAUCAUCGAAUCCACCAUUUCGCACUUCCAGUUUUGUGGUAAAGAAGGGAUAGUAUUCAAACAAGAAAGAGUAAUUAAUUUUAUUUUAUUAUUAAUUAAAAAAAGGGAUAGUAUUCAAACAAUCUUAAGAAAUAGUUAUUACCGGUAAUUUUAUUUUACACCAGCUUGUGAUAAAUAGAUAAUAGACAAUAGAAAAUAGGUGCGGGAGUAGGCCAUUCGGCCCUUCGAGCCAGCACCACCAUUUAAUGUGAUAAUGGCUGAUCAUCCCCAAUCAGUACCCCGUUCUGCCUUCUCCCCAUAUCCCCUGGCUCCGCUAUCUUUCAGAGCCCUAUCUAGCUCUCUCUUAAAAGUAUCCAGAGAACUGGCCUCCACAGGCAUAGAAUUCCACAGGCCAUAAAGAAGGGAUGGAAUCCAAACAAUCUUAAUAAAUAGUGAUUAAUUUUAUUUUACACCAGCUUCAGAUCAAGAAGAGAUGGUAUUCAAAUGAUUAUAAGAGGUAAUAAUGAAUUUUAUUUUAUAAGACGGGAUGGUAUUCAAACAAACUUAUGAAAUAGUGAUUAAUUUUAUUUUAUACCGGUUUCAAAUUUGUAAAACUGCUUUAGAAAUGAUUUAGAUCAUUUCUCCAACAAACGCUGUGAGAGUAAUGGAUGUGUGCACCUUGUUUUAAUGUUCUUAUGUACACUCUAAGCAAGCCUGAACUGAAUGCUUCUAAAUGUUUAUAGUAGGAGCUUUGUAUUUGCUGGUAAGAGAAACAGAUUGUACACCCUGCUUGAUAGGACUGUAUGUGGUUUUUUUUUUGCCAUUUUGUAACAUUUAUUGAUUUAUUUAAAACAUCAGCCCACAAAUGCAGGUGUUCAUUCAAGCACGGCCCUAUAGUAAUGAUGAGGAACCCCAUUGAAUUGUGUACAAUAAACUGUAUCCCAUGCUGCACUGACUAUCAACUAACCCGGUGACUUCAGGAAAGUCUGAUAUUGCCUCGAAGGAGAGGGAGAGAGAGGGAGAGAGCGAUAUUGGGAGCAUGUGUGCAUGUUAUGCAUGUGUAUUGUUGCCUUUUCAACAGGAGGGCUACAGCAACAAUUCAUUUUGCCUGCUGAACCUCAAAACAGUGAAGACUUGUUUCUAACGUGCCUUGUGGCUGUGCACAUAUGUAUUUAAAUAAAGUCACUGUCACAGAA